UGGUGCCCUGCCCAUUGGGAAACACCUCACUCUGUCACUCUAUAAAUGUCUGAGGUGGCCCCAAGGGAGGACUUGUGCGGCACCGCUGUCUCCCCAGGACGUGAAGUUCCCACCACCCCACCAUGAGGUUUCUAGUCCUCUCCAGAUUGCUCUGCAUCUUGCUCCUCUGCUUCUCCAUCUUCUCCGUGGAAGGGAGAAGGCAUUCUAGGCAUCUUGCCAAGCCCCGGAAAGGCAAGCUUUGCUGUUCCCGAGUUCCUAGUCCUGUCCCGACGGCCCAGAAAGGGCGCCACGUGAGGAUCUGCAGACAGUGCAAAGUCAAGCCAGGGUCCCGCACUUGGGUAGUACCUGGGGCUCUCCCGCAAGUGUAAUGCUGCCCAAACAAGUCUGCACGCAAGUUGAGACCCUCAUGCCCAGUGCCUGAGGCACCCAGAAGUCUCAGGUUCUCUCAGGAUGCUCCUCUUGAAGCUGGGGCUGAGGGCAGAGAUGCCAAGAGCCUUGGCCCAGGGAAGCUUCUGCCCAUGAACCAUAAGCCUCUUCUCUUAAAGACACAACAUUUCUUCCCUGCUAUGUUGGAAUGUGCUCACGCUGCCUUUUUACAAAAGCCUGAACCAGAAUUUUCUGAAAACCACAACCUGGAUACAAAGGUCAAAACGCUGGAAUGCCUGUCUUGCUGUGUGGCCUUGGACAAGUAACUUAGCCUCUCUGGGUGCAUGUUGGCUUCAGAGAUGUAAAGUUCAGAGACCGAAAAACCCUCUAAGGAAAACCAUCAGUCACUGGCACCAAUGGGUUUCACUAUGCUUUUCAACCUUCCCGGCAGUGAGCUGGGAUGUUGUGGGGCUUCACCUUGGUCAGCAAGGGCCCUGAGAAAGUUCCGGAAUUCUAGAUGCUAGUCCCACUCAUGCCCCCCACUUUCCGAGUUAUUCAGGCUCAGCCCACCUGGCCUCAGUCCCCUCCUGGCCUCUACAGUGUUGACAGUCAAGAUUCCACUGUGACUUUUGACAGCUACAAACUCAGACAAUUCUGAUCCUGCUAGGGAGCAGUGACCAAGACUGCAUCCUAAGGUACACACAGCCCCUAACCGUCCCACAUCCGAUGGCCUCUGAAGGAACCCCUUCCUAACUUCCUGAUGUGAAUCUGCUGGAAAGAACAUUGAAACAAAACAAACAAAAAACCCCAAAUAAUAAAUAAAUAAAUAAAUAAAUAAAUAAAUAAAUACACAAAAUGCACAUGCAACAUCCAUGUUUAAGAAAGUCAGUGAUUGGGAGGCACUGGGUGGCUCAGUCGGUUAAGCGUCCGACUUGGGCUCAGGUCAUGAUCUCAGUGUUUGUGAGUUGGAGCCCCGCAUUGAGCUCUCUGCUAUCAGCACCGGGGCCUGCUUCGGAUCUUCUGUCUCCCUCUCUUCUGCCCCUCUCCCUCUCUCUCUUUCUCUCUCUCAAAAAUAAAUAAACAUUUAAAGCAACAACAACGACAAAAAAAAAAGUCAGUGAUUGGUGUCCCCGGGUGGCUCAGUUGGUUAAGCAUCCACUCUUGGUUUCAGCUCAUAUCAUGAUCUCAUGGUUCAUGAGAUUGAGCCCAGAAUCAGGCUCUGCUCUGUCAGUGUGCAGCCUGCUUGGGAUUCUCUCUCUCUCUGCCCCUCCCCUGC